CAUGUAUUGUGUGUAUAUAUACAUAAUUCAUUAAUUGUAAUUGUAAGCGUAAUAUUUUUAUUUAUCUAAAUAAUUGUUUACGUGCGAAAGAAUUAAAAAGUUCGUAAGUGAUAGAUAUUAUCCAAGCGUGUAACGUCUAGCGACACUACGUUUGCGCGCACGUUUGCGGAGGCCCCCCGAUGACGCACGGUCCCCGUUUGUCCGAAAUUGUCACGACCGUGCGUUAUCGAGGCGUCUCGUGGAGUGGAUCGCGAUUGUAACGAUCCUGCGUUGAAUUAGGUGAAAUAUAAUAUUGUACGAUUAGAGUGUGCUCGUGUACCCAGAGAAGAAGAAGAGGAAGAAGAAGAGGUGGACUAGAGAGAGAGAGAGAGAGAGGGAGGGAGAGAAACGCGCACUAGCGGCUGGGCAGUCGUUACUUGCGAGAAAGAAAGUAGAUCGCCAGAUUGUAUUUUCCCAAGAAGCUGUUGCUGUAAAAUUCGUGAAUUCUUAAAUCUACGUAAUUUACUACUACAUAAGCGAGAAAAAGAGAGAAAUGGCCUGUCGUGAAUGUCUUUCAUAUGAAUCCUUCAUCCUUCGCCAAGCAGGAUAGACACGCGAUGGACUUGAUUUACGUUACAAUUACAUCCUGUAAACAGAAACGACUUUCUCUUUUUCUUUUAAGUUUCUGUUCGAUCACAGUGGGAGAUAGAGAGAUAGAGAGAAUUCAGAUGUAAAUAGAUCAUGUAUAAAAUUACCGGACAUCUCUGUACGCGGAAUCAAUUCACGCUUGCGUUCCUCUACGUGCCCCCUCCCCCCCCAAAAAAAGAAAUAUGCAAAAGAGAUGUUUCCGUACAGUGUUACAGCGAGAAGUAGGCAGAUACUUGUCUUUUGUAAUCGGUUUCACGCAUUUCGUAGAAACAAGAAUUAUAUGUACGUCUCGUGAAUAUCCCGCGCAUUGCGUUCUCGCGCACCUAAUGCGUGUCCGUACGAUCCACGACCCGCGUAAUGCGUAAAACAACGUGAUUACGCGUAAUCGUAUCGCAUUGUAUCGAUUAGAGAUCGAAUCGCACACAGAGAAUGAGACAAUGUUGCGCGGGUCGUGAAUCUGCGUGCCACUGCGAAGAAGACACGAUCGCUCCGCCGAAACGGGAACUUGAGAGGGGCGUGUUCCCGGAGGCACGACGCGGCGCGCUCGUUCGAGUCGUUAACGUACUCGUCGACAUCUCUUGACGUCGGCACGAUGACGCGAAACUGGAGAUCAUACUUGAACAUCGUGCUGAAGCAUCAUUUUAGUUUCUUUUUCCUUUUUUUUGUUAUUAUUAGAACGAUAAUGAUAAUAAAAAAAAACGAUGACAGAAUACGUUAACGACGAGAACCGGCGUCGCGCGGACUUUAAUUUUCAAGAGAGGUUUGCUGUUACAUAAGUAUACGUUAACGUACGCCGCAAUAGCACGAGAUUCUCUGUUGUACAUUUUACAUUACGACCGCGCACUCCCACGCCACGCGGAUGGAUGGGUUUUUUGUACUUUUUACGCGUAAGUCAGAGCGGAAGUUACUCCUCUUCAGGAUGUAAUACAUAUAUAUAUAUAUACAUACGUAUAUAUCAGAUCAUACGACACUGUGGCCGACGAAUCUGUGCGAAAUACACGACGACAUCCCUAGAUCAUAGAACGUUCAGUAGCACGAUGUUGAAAAUUCAUGUCCCUCGGCACGUUCGAAAAUCUCGUUACUUCUUAUGUGCAUGAACUCUCUUUUGUACUAAAUAGUAUGUACAUAAACGAACGGAGAAUAAAGAGUUUAAUAUUAUCGAAUCCGCUUGUUUAAUCACCGGGUGUACUUUCUGCGAUGAUAUUCCUGAAAUUAUCUACGAAAAUAAAGAUUUGAAACAAUUUUCUUCAUGAUGAUACUCUCCUGAAGUUGUCUGCGAAUCUUUUUUUCCGCCUGGGAUGAACAGGCUUUUUGAACGUGUCGGAUAUAAUCCGAUCUAACGAGAUCGGAAGUAGCCAUGUGAGGAAUGCCGCAAGAUGGGGAGUGUUGUGACAACGUUUGACAGUUAUUUACACGUUAUUUACAAAGUAAUAAGUUAACGCGUACGUGAACUAUGUUGAACGUGCUGUUACGGCAAGCCACGAAUUUGUUUCGUCACGAAAUCACCGCUACAGGAAGAUUUAACGUAACCAGAGCGGCACAUGAUACUUGGAGGAAGCUCAAGAUGACCGACGUACCCUCGAGGGCUGAUCCCGUCAUCAUGAAGUUGGACAGCCCGGAAUUCCGCUCGGUCUUCACGCCGGAGCUGCAGACUGUCGCGGAGCUGUUCAAGAAAUACGACUACGAGCUGAGGAUCGCCGGCGGUGCUGUCCGCGACAUCCUGAUGGGCAAGCAGCCGACCGACCUCGACUUCGCGACCAACGCCACGCCGGAGCAGAUGAAGGCGAUGUUCACGAAGGAGGAGAUCAGGAUGAUAAACGAGAAGGGUGAGAGGCACGGCACGAUCACGGCGAGGAUAAACGACAAGGAGAACUUUGAGAUUACCACUCUCAGGAUCGACGUCGUGACCAACGGCCGGCACGCGGAGGUGCAAUUCACCAAGGACUGGCUGCUGGAUGCGAACAGGAGAGACCUGACCAUUAAUUCCAUGUUCCUCGAUCUCGAUGGCAAGGUGUACGACUACUUCUACGGUUACGAUGACCUGCAGAAGAGAAGAGUGCUCUUCGUGGGAAAUCCUGCUUUAAGGAUACAGGAGGAUUAUCUGCGGAUUCUCAGGUAUUUUCGUUUUUACGGAAGGAUCGUCGAUAAUCCCGGUGACCACGAUGAGGCUACGAUACAAGCGAUAAAAGACAACAUCGACGGCCUGUCACGCAUAUCCGGCGAGAGAAUUUGGAGCGAGUGGCACAAGAUCCUGACCGGCAAUUUUGUUCUGGAACUGAUGCUGAAGCUGCUCGAGUGUGGCAGCAGCAAACACAUGGGCUUGCCCGACGAACCCGAUGUAGAGAACUUCCGAGUCGUUUAUCAGCGCGCGUCGUCCAAGGGCGUAACGUUGAAGCCGAUAUCCCUGAUCACGUCGCUGCUAAGGGAUGAGCAAGACAUGAUAAGGCUACACGAGAGACUGAAACUGUCCAGGUCCGACAGAGAUCUGGGGUUAUUCCUGGUCCAGCACAAGGAAUACAAACCGUGCGAGGAGUCGUUGAAAUCGUAUCAGCGGUUGGUGUUCAUCCAGCCGAGAGUAAAACACGACGUUUAUCGGGAACUUGUAAAGGAACUAUUGAGAUACCGCGGCGCGACGGAACUCGUGGAGGAAUUCGAACGAUGGAAAAUUCCGCAGUUUCCCAUCAGUGGCAACAUGCUGAAGGAGCACGUAUCGAAGCACACGCUGAUUGGUUCCGUCGUAGCGGAGUUGAAGAGGAUAUGGCUCGACGAAGACUUCAAGCUGACCAGCGAGCAACUGCUGGAGCGCAUACCGAGCAUACUCAGCGAGGUGGAACAGUUGGAAGAGGAAAGAAAGGCACUAAAAGCGAGUCAAAAGCGACAAAAGAUUAAAUAAAAAGCUUUGAAGUACCUCAAAUAGUUUCAUACUAUUAGUUAAAUGUCCUCAUAAAUCCUCGAGAGCUUUAAACCGUACGAUUAAUUUUUAUUCAACUCUUCAGUUCGAAUUUGGUUUCUUUAAUUAUUGUUAUUAUUUUUUUACGAAUAUUUUAUACGAGCGAUAUACAGCACGCGAUGUUUUUCUCUUGUUAAAGUUGUUUAUAGCGAAUUAAACGAGUGUAAAAUAUUAUAUACGGAAAUAUGCGGAGAUAUAAUUAAUACGACGUUAAAUAUAAACUCGAUUCGCAGGAUAUAUCAUCCCGAAGGGGUGCCGCAGAGAGCAAUUACGUAAAGGUGUUCUGUAUAUUAGGCACUCAAAAAUUUAUUAAGGAAUAAAGUCCUGCAUUUUGUGAAUACAAAUUCUACAAGAUGUGCUAUACAACGUUAUAGCAGGUGUGCACGAAACGAAAUUCGUAAUGCUACUAGAAAGUAUCUUGAACUUAACGAGGAUAAGAUAUUUCGAUUUUGUACUCGCGUACCAACUACCAAGUUAAUGUCGCUAAUGAGAGGUGUCAAAAGGCUGCGUAAAUCAGUGUCGCUAUACAUUUUGCAAGGCUGGAGGGAAUCGCUAAACCGUUGCUUUGCUAAAAAUAACGAUCGCACUGUACGCCUCUGGUUUUAAAAAAGACUUUUCUUUGUCGUGUGGUUUACGCGUCCACCGGGCGUUUGCGAGAGUGGCGGAGCGCGUGUCGUGCUCUUUUGUGUAAUAUAUAUAUCGC